AUGUCCUGGAUUUUCGGGCACAUGAUUGCCGUAGGUAGGUUGAAUGUUGCGGAUCAUGGGACUUACUACUGGACUGAACUGGAGUUCGGGAUAAUCCAUGUGGAUGUGGACGCUUUGCAAAUGUAUUUGCAAAGCAUCAACUUCUUUUUCAACGGGACGGCUGCGUCACAGGUCAAAAAUGAACUUGUGCGUCUUCUUCGUGGAGGGAACAUGACGCACGCAGUUGUGAACAGCUUGCCAUUCACACUAGAAAGCCUCAACCGACUCUUUGUGGCAUCACAGCUUGUGGGUAAAGAUCAUGACAGCGCGGUGGAAGCUGAGCGUGGGCAAGACAAACCCAUUGCCACAUUGCAAGAUGUAGCAGCCGUCUUCUCUGGGGGGAGCAUGGCGGCACCUGGCCGGGAUGGACAAGUCCAUCACAACAAGGACGAUCCAGACAUCUUCGUGCGCUCGCGGCGGCUGAUCAUUGCCGUGAUUGUGUUCGGGCUGCUGGCCAUUUCGAUGCCAUUCAUGGCCUUCUUCGAGACGGCUGAGAUGAGGAUGGCCUACUUCUACUGCUUCGCCACGCUCUUCGGCUUCUGCUUCGGGGCAGCCUACACGCGUUUCCAAGACAUCACUUGGCUCUUGGUACCAGAAGGAGUGGAGUGGGCCAACACGAUGGGCUUCAACGUCAUGUGCAGGAAUGCCGGAGUUGGUAUGGGUAACUUCCUAGCGGGUAUUCUUCUGAAUCUUUUUGCAGAGGGCAUCGUGACAGAAGUCAUCGGCGGAGAGCACGUGCGAGUCGAGAGACAGGCUAGCUACGCCCUCUCUGGAUACUUUGUCAUGUGCGGUGCAUCCGGCAUUGCAGUGCUUCUAGCAGCACUGCUGGCGAUGCAAGCGGUCAACGCACAUCCGCUGCAGUCUGGGGAGACGCGGAGAAAGCUGCCAAGACCUCCGACCGCCUCAGACGCAGCCACCCAGCCGAACAGUCCCAACUCAGAGGAGGCGGAUCCCGAAGCGGUUGCUGCGGAGGCAGAAGAUCUAGUGAGCGAUGAGGAAGAGGCCCUGAAUCUUGGCUUCUCAAAGCGCGUGGCCGUCAGUGGUGAUGCCUUUGUCUGCCGGCUGAAGCGCCGACCCGGGGGUCUGGCCUUCGAUCGGGAGCCCCUGAUGUCGGACUGGUACACCCAGGUCCUCGGGGAGGUCUACCCAGAGAUGGCUGAGUUCGCUGGCGGUCGCAACACUGCAGAGGCGGCAAAGGAGUUUUUCUUGUCGAAGUUCAUGAACCUCCAGCGCACGCUGGCGCUGCCAACAUCCGAGUCGGGCGAGACGGUCUUGAAAGGCCAUGUCAACAUCGAGAAAGUUGGCGACGAUGUUCAGGAGGGCGAGAGAAACCUGGAUGGUAAUGAGUUCGCCGUUGAGAACUUGUGGACGACAAACACGGUCUUCGUCACUCUCACGCUUUGUACGUUCACACGCCUGGACUUCCACUUAGAUUGUUCGGAGAUUUACUUCAAGCUCCGUCUGGGCGCGGAGGUUCUCCAAACGCAGGCGACGCGCAUCAAGUCGAACUCGCCGGCGAAGAUGCUCGGCAUCUACCAAUCCGCCAGCUUCGAGACAAUCGUCCCUGGAGCCCACGAGCUCAUCGUGCAGGCCUUUGCCAAAGGGAACUUCAGUGACACCUUGCUCGGCGAGUGCAAGUUCGACUUGGAGGACCGAUGGUUGGCGCUGAAGUGGAAAGAUUUCCGCUGCAGCACUUCCGAGGAGUUCCUCAGGAAUAAGGUUUCCCCGCCGGCUCACAGCCGCUUCCUUUGGACCUCGGAGGAAGCGAAAAGAGGGAACCUACCUUGGAGAGCUCCGGAGAAGCCGGUGCCGACUGGUGUGGGAAGAGGACUGGAGAUCAGGCCAGCGCGGACGAGUGGAGCUCGCUUGCCUUUGGAGACGAAGACGAUGACAAUGAAGGACCACGAUGUGAACUCGGAAACCCGGGCUGGUCUGCUGCGAUGCUUCCUUGACAUGCACCCUUACAACACGCCGGAGCUGCCUCAACGGCCGGAGACGCACAGCUUCGAGGUUCGGAUUUCCGUCUUUGCCGUCGACAACAUCAAAGUCUACAAAGACUUCGGCCAGCGGAAUGACCUCUUCGUGCAGAUGAAGUUCAGGAGCGUGAACAUGGACGGGGAAGAGUCGAAGCGAGUGGAGAAAACGGACAUCCAUCGAUGGGCCAAUGAAGAUGCGAGCUUCAAUCAGCGCUUUCUGUUUGAAAUGAGCGCACCGUGCUUAUCGAUGGGUGUGGAGUUCAGUCUUAUGGACUUCGAUCGUGGCGUCAGCUCAGCGGACUUGGUCUACUACCCGCAGACGCUGUCCCUCGACCACCACCUGGCGAUAGCCUAUGAGAGCUGGACAUCGUCGAGGGAGACGAUUGGCCCUGUCUCGCAUACCGUGGUCUUC